GACAUUCAUAAAUCCAACCAGCUACUCCACUGGUGUAUCCAUGGCAACAGCUUCUAGUGUUGAUCAUCCCAAGAUGGCGGACGAGGAGAAAGCUACGAUUCUCCCAGUUGCUACUGAAGCCAAGAAACGUCGGGCACCUAAAGCUCCAGAGCUUCCCAUUGUGGAGAGGAGAAACUGGCUAAUCCACCAGCACUAUAUCCGUAAAGACUAUGAUACAUGUAAGGCGAUCAUCAAAGAACAACUGCAGGAGACUAAUGGGAUGUGUGAAUAUGCCAUAUAUGUUCAAGCACUUAUCAUGCGUCUUGAGGGCAAGAUCCAACAGUCCCUGGAGCUGUUUCAGAGCUGUGCCAUCCUUAAUCCCAGCAGCGCUGACAAUCUCAAGCAAGUGGCCAGAUCACUGUUUCUCCUGGGAAAGCAUAAAGCAGCUAUUGAAUUCUAUAAUGAAGCUGCGAGGCUCAACGAGAAAGACUGGGAGAUCAGUCAUAAUCUGGGGUUGUGCUAUUUCUUCAUCAAAGACUUCAAAAAUGCUGAAGAGCAUCUAAACACAGCUCUCCAGAUAAAUAAACACGACAAGACCUUCAUGAUGCUUGGAAAGGUUCAUUUGCAGGCUGGAGAUACUGACACGGCCAUCGAAGUGUAUAAGAGGGCAGUGGAAUUCUCUCCAGAGAAUACUGAACUCCUGACUACUCUUGGCCUGCUGUUUUUACAGCUUGGGAAAUACCAAAAAGCAUUUGAGCACCUUGGAAAUGCCCUCACUUUUGACCCCAACAACUAUAAGGCCAUCCUGGCUGCAGGCAGCAUGAUGCAGACCCAUGGUGACUUUGAUGUGGCCAUGAACAAGUACCGAGUGGCAGCAUGUGCUGUGCCCGAGAGCCCCCCUCUCUGGAACAACAUCGGCAUGUGUUUCUUUGGGAAAAAGAAAUAUGUAGCUGCCAUCAGCUGCCUGAAACGGGCCCACUACAUGUCUCCCUUUGACUGGAAAGUGUUGUACAACCUGGGUCUGGUACACCUGACCAUGCAGCAGUAUGCCUCUGCCUUCCACUUCCUCAGCGCAGCCAUCAACCUGAAACCACGUAUGGGGGAACUCUACAUGUUGCUGGCAGUGGCUCUGACCAACUUGGAGGAUGUAGAGAAUGCCACCAGAGCGUAUGAACAAGCUGUGACAAUUGACGAUUCCAACCCUCUGGUCAACCUGAACUUUGCCAUCUUCCUCUAUAAUCAUGGUGAUAAGAAGGCAACUCUGGAUCAGUAUCAGGAGAUGGAGAGGAAAGUCAACCUACUUCGAGACAGCGGUAGCAACGUUGAAUUUGAUCCAGAGCUAAUGGACAUGGCUCAAAAGAUGGGAGCUGCCCUGCAGGUGACAGAGGGUCUGGUGUGGACUAAACCAGUCAAGGACUCCAAAUCAAAACCAAACUCUGCAGCAGCCACCAAAGCCCCCGGUGCUCCCCUCGGUACUAACCAAGCUCUGGGCCAAGCCAUGUCUUCCGCUGCGAGCUACAAUAAGAACCUCCAGCUACAAACAGGAGUUUCCAAGGGCCCCUCCAUGCCCCUUGAGCCAGAACCUGAUGUGGAGAAUGCCCCCAGCCCGCCCACUGACCCUCCAGGCUCCCCAGAACCGGUUGAGUCAGAAAACCCCAAACCCAGAACCUCCAAGAGGAAAUCUAAGGUGGAGGAAUGAGUUAGUUUGAUAGUUACAAUCUUACGUGACAUCUUUGUCAUAAGGUCACUCUCAUGUUAUAGAGGCAAAUUGAGGUUCUCAAACAUCAGCUAAGCUAUUUGUGGUUUUCUAGCUUAUUGUAGUUAGACAUGAAGCCUUGAGUUAUAGGCUUCUCGUUUAGUCACAUGCUACACAAACAAUUUAUGUGCUGCACAAAAAUGAGUUUUUCACUGAAAAAGAGCAACGGCAAUGUGCAUUUUUGUCAUGCCAUUUAUUUCAGGAAUAUUAAAUGUCACUGCAUCACUUAUCACUUUUUAAACCAAAGUUUCUUGUAAAGCUGUGUAGAUGUAGCAGCUUUGGUGCACAUCAAAACCCAUUCCAAUGGAUGUUGCAGUUUAAGAAAGUCUCUAUUUGGCAACAUGGUAAUAUGGGCAUUUUGGCAGUUACAAGUGUUAAUAUUUGGAUGAACUCAGCAAUAAGGUUAAAUAAGAAUUGUCCUUGUAUUGACAUAUCCAGGGAAGGUGUCAGCCCUAAAAUAUAAACGUGAAGGAAUUGCUGCGACAAUCACUGCUAAAAUCUGAGGACAGAAAAGGAUGUUUAUGAAUAGUUACAGGAUAUUGCUUGUUUAUAUGAUAGGGCUCUUUUUGAGGGUUAGGUGUAAAUAGUGAUACAGACUUUUAUAUGUGGAUAAAUGUUAUGUUUAUAGAGAGUAAUGUAUUUAAUAUUAAAUAAGAGACUUUAAAGAAAAUAGCCGUCUCACUGCUUUUAUAAAGUCCAGUUUGUACAUUAUUCUAUGCUGUGUUUUCUAAUGUUAAGGUCAUUUAGUUCAGCAGACACCACCAACAGGGGACAGUAUUGUUUAAGAGCUUUCAAAGUCAAUGGAUUAUCUAACACACAAUGCAUGUUCUGAACAUAAGAACAAUAACUUACACACAAACACAUUAAUCCGUCCACCUAAACUGAUGUUGAAACUGUCAACAUCUUGGACGAGGGCUUCCAGUGGAGUAGCUGCUUCUUAAAUGUAAUAUAGUUAUGUAUUGAUAUUGUUUGUGUGUGGCGUCCCAUAUAUGUGGAUUGUAGAAAUGAGGUACUCAUUAAACCCAAUAUUCUUUCA